AUGUCUACGGCAUUUCUAUGGAAAGAGGUGAGAUAUAGUUAUCACCCUAGUGAUUGGUUCCUGGCCUACGGGUCAGUUAGGAUCGACUCAGAACAAGUCAUCAAUAUACUUGUUGCCGAAUACGCAAUACGUGAGCUCAGGCAGCGGGAAGAAGCGCUGAAUAACCGUAUUGUAGCCUUACAAAAGGCUAAGGCUAUUGACUUGGAGUGCUCCGAGCUCGACAAGGCCAAUGAAAAGCUCGAAGAAACCCGCGCGAAAGUUCCAGGAAAGGAGUACGCCCUUUACCGAGCAGUUUCUUUGCUGAGUUCGUACUUUAAAGAUGAGUAUGACCGUCUAAGGCGUGAUACUAAAUGGUUCAUGCGCGAAGAAAUGGUUCAGGAUUGUGUGGAUCGCGGUGGGUGCUGUAGCAGAGGAUGCGGCUGCUGCUCACAAAGGCCACUACACAACGGUGGGAAAGGUGACGGUCACUGCACUACAGAGUGCUGGUGCUGUACCGUCUAUCGGGGCUAUGAGGUCCCCGAAGAUGACAAGGAGGAGAUUAGAGCGGAUUUGAAAAAAAAGACUUGA